GGCCGCGCCUCUACCCCCAUCCUACACCACCCAUCGCCGAGCCCCAAAAACCCUAGCACCCCGCCUCCUCGCUCCCCCCCCCCCUCCGCUCCCCUACCGUCGCCUCCACCUAUUAAAGCCUCCGCCCCAAGAAAUCCGCUGCUUCGACGGCCGCAUCUCUAUCCGCUCCUCCUUCUCUUCGCCGCCCUCGGCGCAGCAGGCAGGCAGAACAGAGAGAGAGAUGGCGGCGGUGGCGGUGCGUGGGACCGGGAGGGUUGCUGCCGCGGGGGCGUCUGCGGCGGUCGUGAUGGCCGUUGCUGCUGCUGCUGCGGCGCAGAAUUUGCUGGUUCUGUUCUCUCUCGUGAUGGAAGCUGUAAGCGCUGGAGCAGAUAUAUUUAAUGAAGACCACCAAGAUAUUUACAAGCAAUUUGGCAAAAUCAAGCCUGGAACUGUUCCUGAGAAUAAGGAUGCUGGGUCGGACGAUGACGAUGAUGAUGAAGAUGAAGAUGAGGACGAUGAAGGUGGUGACGACGAUGAGGCUGAUGCAGAGGAGGAUUUCUCAGGUGAAGAAGGCGGUGAGGACGAGGAGGAUGAUGAUGACCCUGAGGCAAAUGGUGGUGAAGGAGGUAGUGACGAUGAAGAUGGUGAAGACGAUGAUGGUGAUGAUGAAGAAGGUGAUGAUGACGAGGAUGAGGAUGAGGAUGAGGAUGAAGAGGAAGAAGAUGACGAGGACCAGCCACCAUCCAAGAAGAAGAAAUGAUCUAGCUGCCUUCAUUCUCUCCCCUGUCUUGUUUCAGUCUGUUAGUUCUGCUGUUUAGAUGAUGAUGGAGCAGGUCUGAGACCGACCUAUGUAGCUUGUGGCUUGGUUCAUAGGGUAGGACAACAUUGAACUCUGAUGUUCUCUGGGUUUUCGCCUUUGUGCAUGUAGUCGUAUCAUUGCUGUGUUCUGUCAUUGGAGCUGUCAUAUUGUGCCAUGCAUUCAAUCUAAUUCUUGUUACUCAGGCGUAAUCAUCAAUUGUUACUUGUGCUUCAA